UAUGGUAUUUAGCAGUUUUGGCCGCAUUCCCUGACCACAGUUCCUUUUGUAACUUUACUUCCUUUCUUUAUGUUGUACCAAUUUCUUUUUUUUUUUUUUAUUUAAAUUUGCAAAUUUUUGGCCAUGAAACCCAUGAUUUAAUUGCAAUUAGAUUACCACAGAAAAAAGUUAGGAAUUAGGAAACACCAUGAAAUAGGACAAGAUAAACUUGCAGACAAAGAAGACUCCGAGAUAAGAAUUAAGGAAGCCUGAGACUGUGUUCAAAGGGUGUUUAAAUCAAACAACACAAAUUGAAAUCCACCGCCAAUUUGCGAACAGUCCAUUUAAGCUCACGUGAAAGCCUCAGCUAAACUUCACAUGCACCGCAACAGAACAAAAAAAUACCACUCUUUUAUAAGAACUUCACCAGGAACCCCACUUUCUUUUUCUAUAGUACCACAUAUUUCUUCCCUCUCUCUCUUUUCUUUUUUGGAUUUUCCUUUACCAUCAUUUCUCUUAUAGGACUCUCAAAAUGACCCUUCUUUCAUCUUACCAGUCUCCUUCAUUUCAUCUUUACAAGUCAUGUCUAAAUUUUCUUUUUCUAACCUUGUUUCAAUCUCACACAGCUUCUUCAGCGCUGAUAAUGAGCUUGAGGAACCGCCAUAGCCACCCCCAACAUAGAAGGCCAAUGUUCCAAACAAACCAAAGUACUUGUGCAUUGUUUGCAGGCACUUGGGUCCGUGAUGAUAGUUACCCAUUAUACCAAUAUUCCAACUGUCCAAUCAUAGAUGGAGAAUUUAACUGCCAAAUGUAUGGAAGACCUGAUUCUGAUUACCUCAAAUAUCGAUGGCAGCCUCUCAAUUGUCUGCUUCCAAGGUUCGAUGGACUAGUGUUUUUGUCGAAGAUGAGAGGAAAAAACGUGAUGUUUGUUGGUGAUUCUCUGGGAAGAAACCAAUGGGAGUCUUUGAUUUGUAUGAUUUCAGCUUCAGCUUCCCAAACGCAGACUCAGUUGAGCAGGGGAGAUCCUCUCUCCACCUUCAAGUUCCUGGAAUAUGGUUUAGCCAUUUCAUAUUAUCGAGCUCCAUAUUUGGUAGACAUAGAUGUGUUACAAGGGAGGAGAAUUCUAAAGUUAGAGGACAUAGAAGGAAAUGGCAACGCCUGGCGAAUAGCUGAUGUGCUGUUGUUUAACACAGGCCAUUGGUGGAGUCAUAAAGGAUCUCUCCAAGGGUGGGAUUUGAUUGAAUCAGGGGGUAGAUAUUAUCAGGACAUGGAUCGUUUGGUUGCAUUGGAGAAAGGGCUAAGAACAUGGGCCAAUUGGGUUGACACCAAUGUCGACAGAACUAGAACCAGAGUCUUCUUCCAGUCCAUUUCCCCCACACAUUACGAUCCAAGUGAAUGGAGUGCUGGAGCAACAAUGGCGAUAACGAAAAACUGUUUCGGAGAAACAGCGCCAAUGACUGGUACUACAUACCCCGGCAUAUAUCCUGACCAGAUGAGAGUGGUAGAUGAAGUCAUUAGGGAAAUGCACGUUCCUACAUAUUUGUUGGACAUAACCAUGCUUUCUGAGCUUAGGAAAGAUGGGCAUCCCUCAAUUUACAGCGGUGAUUUAAGCCCUGCUCAGAGGGCUAACCCGGACCGAUCAGCUGAUUGUAGCCAUUGGUGCCUUCCUGGAUUGCCUGAUACUUGGAAUGAACUAUUUUAUACUGCAUUGUUCUAUUAGGUUGGAUGUGGUUUACUGCUAAUUUUGAUUAUAGAUUUGCAGAGGGUGCAAAAAUGCACUUUACUCUGUAUCUAAUAGUAUCUCUCGUCCUUCUAGUCAAAAGUUAGUGUAGCCUUUGUUGUAAAGUACUACAUAUUUAAUAGAUUUCUGUCUUUGAAAGAAGUUAGUAUAAUUAAAAACUAUGAUUUAAUUUUGGCUGUUGCUGCAUAUUUAAUGGUAUGCACUUGAAGGGGAAAAA